AUCCCUCCUCCCUGCCUCCAUCCCUGACUCCAUCAACCCAUCAAUCCCUCCUCCCUGCCUCCAUCCCUGACUCCACCCACCACUCCCUCCAAUCCCUCCUCCCCGCCUCCAUCCCUGAAUCCAUCCACCACUCCCUCCGUCCAUCCAUCAUCCCUUCCUCCCUGCCUCCAUCCCUGA